AUGGAGGAGCUGGAGAACGCAGUCCCUUUGAGUGACUUCAUUAUAUCAUUACCUGCCUCCUCUUUGCCAAGGAUCAUAAAGAUUGCUUGUGGAGUCUAUCAGCAGAGUUCCAUAUAUGACAUUCAAGGCACUGAAUGUUCUUUAUCUACCGGGGAUGUACUUAAAGUCAUUAGCAAGAGGUUGAAGUCUGUAUCUCUUGUGGAUUCAAAGACUGGAAAGUACCAUCAUCUUCCUGUAAAUUUUCAAGGUUUGUUUGAAAUAUCAGAGGAUACAUGUAUAUACAACAACUUUGGUGCGUUGCAUAAUGAAUUGUGUAGUGGUGGCUACACACAUGGAUUCUGGUUUUCAUCAUUGUCAGACAUGAUCAUUGGAGGCCAACUCAUCAGGAGGCACAUUCCAAUUCAAUACAUGUCAACCGAGACAUACAAAAAAUGCAAAUAUGCUAAUUGCCAAAUGUACGUGGGUCCCAAAGCACUCUGUCUCAAAAUACCUUUUUCGAAGGAAGGACAGUUUUAUGAACAUAAGGCACUGGAAUCAUACUCACUGGAUAAAAUUUUACAGUCACCUAUCUUAUUGAAAAGUUGCCUGAGAUGCAGUGAAAUAGGAAAUGGUUCAUAUAUUGUAUGCCCAGUUUAUGAAAUUGCAACUGUUAUGCACAUGAGAAAAGAUCUUGUGAUAAUGCAAUCAAGUCUAGAAGUAGAUGUGAUAGAUAUAACUGAUAAUUGUGGAGUCAUCGAUUUUGUCAAACCUUUGUCCUUGACCGAAGCUUCUGAGUGUGAAGACAAGUUCCCCAUUGUAGCAGAGAUCUUGGACAAUUCAAAAUACACCUCCUUUUUGAAAAGUGACAUAUUUUCCGCUUUGCGAAAAGGUAAAAAAAUUGUUAUUCACAAGAAGUUCCUCUCCAGAAAAGUUUUAGCCACUGCUAGCAAAGGGAAGCUUUCUAGCUUCUUCUACAUCCAUGAUUCAUACAAAGGGAUGUUUCGACAACGGCCAAGGGAGUUUUCAACAAUAUAUGAUCUUUGGAUCCAUGCUGUAGCAGGAACAAAACUGAAUGUUGUAGUAACUCAGGAUAGUGAAUGUUUGGAGGGCUCUUUUCCAUCCUUAGGUAUUGGGGAUCACCUUAAGGUUCUGCAUCACACCACAAGGAAAAUAUCAACCAAGGAUGUUGAUUUUCUAGUUUGUAGAAAGGAGUUAGCUGCUGCUGCUGCUGCUGAUGAUGAUGAUGAUGAAUCAGAGGAGAUUGUGCUGCCUUUGAACCUGGAAGGCCGUUUUGUGGAAGAAAUUACAAAUAACAAAAAAUAUAGCCUCAACAGUUUAAUCCAAACACUUACACUUCCAUGUGAAGUGAAGGUUGUAGCAAAAGAUCCGUCCAUGAACUGUGACCCCCUGUGUUCAUUUUCUUUGCUCAAGCUAGAGGAGUUGAUUGAAGAACCUGUGCUGUUGAUUGGCUUUCAAGAGACUCCAUCUGAAUGCUUUGAACUUCCAAUUAAAUACUCUGAUGUUUCCUUGGUUUUCCUUGAGGAUCCAGUCCCACCAAGUAAGGAACCAAACAUGGUAGCACAUGUGGAAGAACUAACAGAAUGUUUUUACUAUAGUAUACGGAAAGACCAACCAUGCAAGGAGCUUCCACCACCCAGGCCCCCUAAAAGACAGACUAGUCUGAAAGUGGAGCGUCCAUACAAUAAUUAUGCAAGUGAGAAAAAUCCAGCAUCUAUUAAGGUGAGGGCUUCACCAACAGCUUUUCUCAAUCCCCUGGAAAAGCAUAUAGAUACCCCACAGAAAAGUAUGUCAUGUAUGAGUAAUCCGAACACUUCCACUCCAAGGAUAGAUACAGUUGAAGAAGAGUUUCAAUAUGACCAUGACUAUGAAGAGGUGAGAGAUGAAAUGUUCAGCAAGUUAAAAGUGACGACGAAGAAAACGUAUUAAAGAAGACAGUGGUGAGACGGUACAAAAUAUACACUUUGACCAUAUAUUGUGCAAUAUGU